GGGGGCUUACGUCACUUCCGGGAUUGUUUGAGGAAGUCAACUGCUACGAGGUUUCGAGAGAGCGAAUACGACAUGGUGGGCUUAAUGCUCAAUGACUUUUGAUGGAAGCCUUAACACCGAUUUAUAGUUUUGAAACGGAUUGAAAGGACUCUGCUGUCAUGCCUGUCAGGAGGUGGUCCAAGAGUUCCAAGCGAAGGUCCUCAACGCAAUCCCUGGUCACCCCUCAGGAUGACGGCCUUCACGUCUACCUCUUCUGGAGCCCCAACAAAGAGCGUUACUUGUCGCACACAGCCGCAGAACAGGUCACCGCGGAGGAGCUGUGCAUCUCAGCCGCAGAGGUUGUUGGGAUAUCACCACUAUUCUAUGUGUUGUUUGCUCUGUAUGACCCCAUGUCAUGCUGCUGGUACAGUCCAAAUCACGUCUUUCACCCAAAGGAGGGCUCCUGUCUUAUUCUUCAUUUCCGAAUGAGGUUCUACUUUCGCAAUUGGCACGCAUUUAAUGACAAGGAGCCAGAUGUGGCUCGUUUCACUGUAAAAAGUGUGACGCAUGCUGACGACGAUGGCCAACCGGUGCUGGAAAUCAAAUCGGUGGAGUAUUUAUUUGCCCAGGCCAAGUAUGACUUUGUGAAUGAACUCUUUCCGAUGGAGAAAUUGAACUCAGAGGAGGAGCUGAGUCUCUUUAAAAACGAGAGCUUGGGCAUGGCCAUGCUCCACCUCAUGCACCUGGCGCUGCUGACGGGCAGCACCUUGCAGCGUGUUGCAAAAAAGACCAGUUUUAUAAACUGCAUCCCAAAGUCUUAUGCCAAGCACAUAUCAGAAGACAAAGUCCUGACAAAGAUGAGGCUCCGGUGGAUGUUUGAACGAUCCAUGCGCACCUACCAGAAUAAUAUGGAAGCAAAGAAGCCGGACGUGAAGGAAAUUAUCUGCAAGUAUAUCUAUGCUCUCGAGUGCUUGGCGCCGCGUUUCGGCUCCGAGACCUUCGUCGUGCGCCACCUGAGGCUGAGCGAGGAUGACGAAGACACAAGUCCGGAUGCUUCGAGGGGGGACGGCGUGGCGGAAAACGCGCAUGAGCUGAUGGUAUCUGCCAACACGGGGCUUCAGUGGAGGGAAAUGAUGUCCUCUGAGAAGGCCAACAGCAACCGUAGCGGCGACUACGGCAGGAAAACCAAGCGAGGUACCAGCCAGCCGAGUGCGGCGGCUCGUGUCGAGUGGACCCCCUUCUGUGACUUCCCAGGAAUCAUUCACAUAGCUGUCAGUGAAGCUAAUGUUUGCAUUAGCACGCAGGACAAUAAGUGUAUGGAGGUUGAGAUGAGCUCCAGCCAGGAGGCGCGCUCCUUCAUCUCCCUGCUCGAUGGAUACUACCGGCUGACUGCGGACGCCCACCACUAUCUUUGUCAUGAGGUGGCGCCCCCGAGGGUGCUGCUGAGUCAAGCUAAUGGACUGCACGGACCAAUCCAUGAUGACUUUGUGCUACACAAGCUGAAAAAGGAGGAAGCUGAAGAAGAAGCUUGCCUCGUGCGUUGGAGUGUUCUCAACUAUCACAGACUUGUUUUGGCUGUGCCAAAUAAAAACCAGCAGAAUGGAUCGAUGGCAAGCCACAAGCUAUUUUGCAUCCAGCAUAAAGAUUCCGUCUUCACCUUGGAUGGCUGGCAGGAGAAAUUCUCCAGUGUGAAGGAGCUCACAAACACCCUGAAGGACUACAUUCUCAAGUCUGGCACAGACAGCUACACUAUUAAAAAAUGCUGUCGGCCCCGGCAAGGAGAGAUUUCCAACCUCCUCGUCAAGAGGCGCGGUAUAGAUAGCAGUGCCAGCACGCGGACUCUAUCUCCGAACAAAUUGGAGCUAUGCUUCCAGAUCAAGUACAAAGACCUCAUUCUGGGGCAGCAUUUAGGUUUUGGCACUAGAACUCACAUCUAUUCGGCGCAUCUGCAAGUCGGGCAAGUAGCUGCUGAGCAGGAGGACGACUUGAACGGCGAUAAGUACAAGAAGAUCCAAGUAGUACUCAAGGUUCUCGAGCAAAGCCAUGAAGAUAUCACAUCCGCUUUUUUUGAGAUGGCGAGUCUGAUGAGCCAGGUGUCUCACAAUCACCUGGUUUUUGUCCAUGGUUUGUCUGUCAACGGAUCUGAAAACAUCAUGGUGGAGGAGUUUGUGGAAUUUGGGCCUUUGGACGUUUUCCUUCGCAGAGAAAAAGCCAAAUUGACGCCUCGCUGGAAAUUUAUCGUGGCCAAACAACUUGCCAAUGCCCUGAAUUACCUCGCGACAAAAGGCGUCACCCACGGAAACGUUUGCGCCAGGAACGUCCUGGUGGCGAGGCGAGGUCUGGAACAAGGCACGUCUCCUUCAGUCAAGCUGAGUGACCCGGGCAUUGCCGUCAAUAUCCUGUGCCUUGAAGAGCGACUCGAGCGUAUUCCCUGGAUCGCUCCCGAGUGCGUUUACAGCAAGGCGCCCGUCGGCAUCGGCGCCGACCAGUGGAGCUUCGGCGUCACGCUGCUGGAAAUCUGCAACGACGGCCAUCUCCCCAUGAGCGACACCACGCUGCUGGAGAAAGAGCGCUUCUAUCAGCAAAAGGGCAAGUUGUUGGAGCCGUCCUCCCGGGACCUGGCCAUCUUCAUCAACAAGUGUCUCUCCUACGAGCCCUUGGAAAGGCCUCACUUCUGCUCGUUGCUCAGAGAUCUUAUUGACAUCAUGAAAAAAAAUCCUGAUAUAUCCCCCAGCGAAACACUUUGUCCGGCUCACUCCACCGUCUUUCUCAAGCGGCAUCUGAAAAAGAGGACCAUCUUAGGAAAGGGUAAUUUUGGAAUGGUGACACUGUACAUGUACGACCCCGCCAACGACGGCACGGGGGAGCUCGUGGCCGUCAAGGCUUUGAAACAAGACAACGGUUAUUUGCCCAAAUACUGGCUGAAAGAGAUUGAGACCCUCAAGUCCCUCGAUCACACCAACAUCGUCAAGUACAAAGGAUGCUGCACUGAAAUGGGAGGACAGGUGGUGCAGCUCAUAAUGGAGUUCCUUCCGCUUGGCAGCCUGGAAAAAUACCUUCAAAAACAAGAGAAAAGUACAUCCCAGUGCCUGCUGUUUGCUCAGCAGAUCUGCCAGGGGAUGGAAUACUUGCACUCAAAGCGGUACAUCCAUCGGGAUCUCGCUGCACGUAACAUCUUAGUGAAAAACGACAGCUUGGUGAAGCUCGCCGACUUUGGCCUGUCCAAAUAUAUCCCUGAGAAUGACACCUAUUACCGUGUGUCCGAAGACGGUGACAGUCCAGUGUUCUGGUAUGCCCUUGAGUGCCUGAAACUAAACAAAUUUUCAUUUCGCUCCGAUGUUUGGUCCUUUGGCGUGACGCUGUAUGAGAUUCUGACCCGCUGCGACCCGAGCCAAAGCCCGCCAGUGAAGUUUGGCAAGAUGGCGGGGUUAUCCCCCAGAGAGAUGAACGUGAAUGUGCUCAUCGGCUUGUUGGAGCGGCGGAAGCGUUUGCCUUGUCCCGCAGACUGCCCCUCUGAGCUGAGGAGUCUGACCAUGCAGUGCUGGGAUCAAGAUCCUGCAGAAAGGCCAUCGUUUUAUUCCCUCUUUGAGCAGUUGGAAGCCAUUCGCUCACAAACAAGUGUUGACUUUUUUCGAUCUGGACUUUAAUCUACUUGCGUGAAUACCACUUAGGAAUACUUUUACAAAUGGCAGCUUACUCCAAUUGUGGGAUUCAGAUUCAGAAAACUUUAUUUAUCCCCGUGGGUUAAUUAGAGUUGUGUGUCGUCAUGAGAGACAAGGAACAUCAUGAGGAAAAGGUCCAUAGACCGAAAUACUGUCAGCUUACAAGUAUUGGUUGUUGAAUGUUUGUACAUUUUACAGGGUUGUAACAUUUUGCAUUUCAUUGUUUUUUUUUUUGUUUUUUGUUUUUUUUAAACAAACCAUUAAAUAGUUUAUGGGUUUAACAAAUAUGGCGCCAUAGUUGGCAGCCGUCUGCGAAGAGCUCUGCUUUUUUGUUGUUUUGUCUUCCUUUGUGUGGACCUGUUGCGGACUGUUUUUCAGCAUUUUGUACAUGAUGAUUGUCGCAGGAAAAAUCUGCGCUUGAUGGUUGCGCCUUCUCGGAAACACGUGUGUACCAGCACUGAUUUUGAAGGGGAGGAAUGUCGGUGCUAUCUGUCAUCGUUUGACAGGCCGCUUGUUUUUUGCUCAUGUAAGUGGCAGCAUUCCCGUUUUGUUCAGCGGUGAUGUCGGUGCUGUUGGACAGUCUGCGUUGGUGGGGCUGGAUGGAUGAUGGCUCCUGUAGCUGAAGAUGAGAGAGGAACGUUGGCGUGAAGCGCGGAUGCGUAUUUGGACCUGAGAGUCAGCGCUUGGAGUUGAAGUAGACUCACAUGGGACAGGAGAAGUGAACUAAUAUUUUUUCUUGUGAAUGGACGCUACGGCUUCUUGUUUACUUUCAAACUUAGCUUGUGGCAGACGUGUGCACAUUUAGAGCACGAGGUCUCUGAUCCACUGGUGAAAGGCCACUUUGAAUCUCUGCUCUUUCAUUAAUAAUUGCUUCAAACAACAAGGUGUAUGCUGUACUAUAGUUAUGAUUUCAUGGCUGUCCAUGUCUUAUGUAUUGUUAUAUUAGCAUAUUUUUUAUUGACUAUAUUACUGUUCUGUAAAGCACUUUGUUACAGCUGCAGCUGUUGUGAAAGCGCGAUAUAAAUAAACAUGUAAUGUAU